AUGGGAGGAAAUUGCCUUGGAGAAUGGCCUUUUGGUUUGCCAAAAUUGCUUUUGGUAUACCAAAAUGGCUUUUGGCAAACCAAAAGGCCAUCCUCCAAAGCGAUUUCCUCCCAUAAGCAGCAGCUGUUGCUGUUUAUGGUGAGGGUAAAAUUGUAUUGUAAUUGCCCGAGGAUGGCGCUAUCUUGCGCCGUCCUCGGGCAAUUAGUAUAUAUAAAAAAAAAAAACAAUAUAAAAUUUUCCAUAAGAAAAAAAAUUUAUAUAAAAUUUAAAAAAAAAAUUUUUAAUUUAUCGAAUUAG